AUGGGCUUGUUUGUUCUGAGCGAGACGUCUGCGGGUUUUGCAUUAUUCAAGGCCAAGGACAAGCACAUCCUCAAAAAUGAUUUCUCGGAUGUGGUUGAGACCGCUGAAGGACUCAAUGCGCUCCUGAAGCUGAAGAAGUUCGAGAAGUUCGACAGUGCAGCAACUGCCCUCGAGGAAGUCGCAGCAUUGACCGAUGGACGAGUCUCGACCAUGCUCGCCAGUCUUCUCGACACCCUUAAGGAUGAGAAGAAGGCAUCUUUGGCUGUGGCAGACCCCAAGCUUGCCCAGGCGAUCAACAAACUGCCAGGGCUCUCCAUCAAACCUAUUUCGGACUCUACCACAAACGACAUCUACCGUGCGAUCCGUGACCACCUACCUUCUCUCAUCCCCGGCCUCGGACAGGAGGCCAUCUCCACAAUGGCUCUCGGUCUUUCGCAUUCGUUGUCGCGUCACAAGCUCAAGUUCUCUCCAGACAAGGUCGAUACUAUGAUCGUUCAAGCUAUAGCGCUUCUGGACGACUUGGAUAAGGAGCUGAACACAUACGCCAUGCGAGUCAAGGAAUGGUACGGAUGGCAUUUCCCCGAGAUGGGCAAGAUUGUGAACGACAAUUUAGCCUACGCUCGUAUCAUUAUCAAGGUUGGCAUGCGCGCAAACACCUCGAACACCGACCUCUCCGACAUCUUGCCAGAGGAGAUCGAGACUGCGAUCAAGGCUGCCGCCGAAGUUAGUAUGGGUACUGAGAUAACUGAGGAGGAUUUGGAAAAUAUCAAGCUCCUUGCCGAGCAAGUGGUUGGCUUUACUGAGUACCGCCAACAGUUGUCGCAAUAUCUCACCGCUCGUAUGGCCGCCAUCGCUCCCAAUUUGACCGAGAUGGUUGGAGAGUUAGUUGGCGCAAGACUGAUUGCCCACUCGGGAUCGCUGAUGAACCUCGCCAAGAGCCCUGCCAGUACCAUCCAAAUUCUCGGAGCCGAGAAGGCGCUUUUCAGAGCUUUGAAGACGAAGCACGACACACCGAAGUACGGUCUCAUCUACCACGCCUCUCUCGUUGGCCAGGCCACAGGAAAGAACAAGGGUAAAAUUGCGCGUAUGUUGGCUGCCAAGGCUGCUAUUGGUCUCCGUGUCGAUGCUCUUUCAGACUGGAGUGCGCAAGGAGAAGGAAAAGGUGAUGAUGUUGAUGACGAGGAGAGAUCUGCGCUUGGUGUCACUUCAAGGGCCAAGAUUGAGCGCCAUCUCCGGGGACUAGAGGGUAAGCCGCUGCUGCCCAGAGGUGUUGCUGUUGGACCCAACGGAGCUGUUACCGCUCCUGGGAAGUGGGAGGUCAAGGAGGCGCAGAAGUACAAUGCCGAUGCCGAUGGACUUGCUGGUGACGAGCCUGCCGCUGCCGCUCCUAUCUCCGAGAAGAAGUCUAAGAAGGAGAAGAAAGACAAGAAAGAGAAGAAAGAGAAGAAAGACAAGAAGGAAAACAAGUCCAAGGUUGAGGAGGCCAAGAAGCCCUUGAUCGAGGAGGUGGCUGAGGAGUCAGACCCCGAUGUGGAGAUGGCAGAUGUCAGCGCCGAUCUUAGUCUCCCAGCACCUGACUUGAACGGUACCAAAGCCAAGCCAGUCGCUCAAAAACCCAGGAACGCAAAGGAUGACUCGGAUGCUGAAUCUGAUUCCGAUGCUGGAGAGGAGUCCGGCAACUGGCAAUCAUCUAUCGUUGACAACACAAUUCAAGACAAGAAGGCCCGCAAGAAGGAGCGUCACGAGCGCAAGCUGGCCAAGGCCGAGAAGAAAGCAAAGAAGCAAAAAGCGGACGAUGCAGAGGCCGAGAUCGAGAAGCCCGAGAAAAGAUCAAAGAAGCGAACGGCUGAUGAUGCUGAGGUCGAUGUCGAGAAGUCCGAGAAGAAAUCAAAGAAGCGGACAUCGGACGCUGCCGAUGUUGAGAAGUCCGAGAAGAAGAAGAAGAAGAAGAGCAAGAACUGA